AUGUUAAGUUUUAUAUUACUUUAACUAGUUUAAGCAUAAAUAAGAAAAUAUGAUUGGAUUAACAAUUACUUCGCAUUAUAAUGCACAUGUUUAGAAGAAUGUUGCAUUUACGGAUCAUUUAUUUUAAAAAACGAUAAAGUUAUGAAUACUAAUUUUGUAUAGAUAGAUGCUAAAUUAUAAGGAUCAGGAUGUACUUAAUAUACUGUUGAAAAUGUACUCAUAAUUUAUUUUACAAUAAGGUAAUCUGUACUCUAGAAUCACCUACUGAUGUUCAAACUACAUUGAGUUGUCCACUCUAAGGUUGGGAAUGGUUAGUCUCCAGAGAUAGCAAUACUGGAUCAAUUUAUUGGACUGAUAACAAAAACUGUCAAGGAGUUUGGAAUGUAAUCGAUUUAUCUGCCAAUUAAGUAGUUUAUAUAUUCAGUCCUAUUAUUAUGCUAGGAAUAAUUAUUUAUUAUUAGUUAUGA